CGCCCUCCCCAGCUGUGCACCUUCGGUCCAGCUGCGCGCACGUCGGGAGUCCCAGACAUGUCCGCGGAGAGAGAGGUAGCCGAGGCGGCCACCGUGGUGGCGGCGGCCGAAGCAGGGGCCGGAGAAGACGCCUCUUCUCAGCCCCCGAAAGCCGAGGCCGCUGGCGACGCCCAGCCAUCCGCGACUUCCGAGGGGGCCGCCGCCGCGUCGCCGCCGCCGCCGCUGCGGUGCCUGGUGCUCACCGGCUUCGGCGGCUACGACAAGGUGAAGCUGCAGAGCCGGCCGGCUGUGUCCCCGGCCCCCGGUCCCGGCCAGCUGACGCUGCGCGUCCGGGCUUGCGGGCUCAACUUCGCCGACCUUAUGGCCCGGCAGGGGCUGUACGACCGGCUGCCGCCGCUGCCCCUCACUCCGGGCAUGGAGGGCGCCGGCGUCGUGAUCGCGGUGGGCGAGGGAGUCAACGACCGCAAGGUAGGGGACCGGGUGAUGGUGUUGAUCCGGUCAGGCAUGUGGCAGGAGGAGGUGACUGUGCCCUCAGCCCAGACCUUCCAGAUGCCUGAGGCCAUGACCUUUGAGGAAGCCGCUGCCUUGCUGGUCAAUUACAUCACAGCCUACAUGGUCCUCUUCGACUUCGGCAAUCUACGGCCCGGCCAGAGCGUCUUGGUACACAUGGCCGCAGGGGGCGUGGGUAUGGCCGCCCUGCAGCUGUGCCGCACAGUAGAGAACGUGACGGUGUUCGGGACGGCCUCGGCCAGCAAGCACGAGGUGCUGAAGGAGAACGGGGUCACACACCCCAUCGACUAUCACACGACUGACUACGUGGAGGAGAUCAAGAAGAUCUCCCCCAAAGGAGUGGACAUCGUCAUGGACCCUCUGGGUGGGUCAGAUACGGCCAAGGGCUACAACGUGCUCAAACCCAUGGGCAAAGUGGUCACCUAUGGAAUGGCCAACCUGCUGACGGGCCCCAAGCGGAACCUGGUGGCCCUGGCGCGCACAUGGUGGAACCAGUUCAGCGUGAGCGCUCUGCAGCUGCUGCCAGCCAACCGCGCCGUGUGUGGCUUCCACCUGGGCUACCUGGAGGGUGAGGUGGAGCUCAUCAGGGGCGUGGUGGCCCGCCUCCUGGCCCUAUACAGCCAGGGCCGCAUCAAACCCCACAUCGACUCCGUGUGGCCCUUUGAGAAGGUGGCGGAUGCCAUGAGGCAGAUGCAGGAGAAGAAGAAUGUGGGCAAAGUCCUCCUGGUGCCUGGACCAGAGAAGGAGAACUAGGGCGGGGGCUGGUGGACCCUCAGGGCCCGGGAAGAGAGAUGCUGGGGGGCCCCGCAUUGUGCUGGUCACCAGACUCUCUCAUAUUUCACCCUCUAUCAUCACGCUCUGCCCUCUCUCCCCCGAAGGUCUCCGUCCUGAUGACCUCUCCCCUGCCCUGGUCUGUCUCCUUAGGCAGGGCUGCCCCCUCCCCCCUUCCUGCCCUCGGAAGAGGUUGGGAAGUGACCACUUGGAUGUCUGGGCUCUGACAAGGGGACAGGGAGGGUCAGAGGGAGGCCGGCUGCUUCCUGCCCCCACCCUUUCCCUGGGCCUGCUGUGCUGCUUUUGUGCCAAGGUUAGCCGAUCCCUUUCCGUCCAGUUCUGUGUGCUUCCCCCUCGGCCUCAUCUCCCCCUCCUGCCCCUGCCCCACCCCCACCCCACCCCGCCCCACCCCCACCCCACCCCACGCCACCCCCAAAGAAUUGAAACGUCAGCUCAGGAUAUGGGGCCAACCUUUGUGAAUCCAGCAUGUCCCUGUCUCGCCCUCGUGUCCCUUCAACCCAGGCCGACCAGUGCCCACCUCUGAACUCUGUCGCCUCGUUGCAUGGCCUUGUCCUCUUUUUCCCAUCUCCUUAAGCACAGUUGGGCUUCUUCCACCUCCAGGUUUUCUGCCCCUCGUAACCAAGGUUGCCUCUUACAACAAGGGUGGGAAUCAGACCUGCUCCCCUAGGUCACAACUGUGGGAGGGACACAGAGCACCCCCCCCCACCGGUGGCUCCCCACCCUUCACUGAGUUCUCUGGAGUUGUUCUCAGUGCCUUAGCAACGGAAAACCUGUGCGUGUGCGCGUGUGGGGGGAUGUCCCUGUCUCACACCUCCUUCUCCACCCCUGUACUCCCCAGUGCCUUCCUCGUUCUGCUGGAGCUGGGGUUUUCCUGCCUCCCAGUCCCGCAACACUGCCAAAAAUCUGUGUGUGUGCCCGCGGGGGGGGGGGGGGCAGCCCCGAGCCUCCUGGGAUCUGUGGCACGUCCUCUGUGGGGCUGUCAUUUCUCUAUGGGAGGUGGAGGAGAAGAAGGCGGGAAGCUUUCUCAGCCUCGCAGAUAAGUGUGGUAUUUACCAGCCAGGGCUCUCAGAGGCAAUGCCAACUGUUUCUUGUUCUGGGACCAAAGUGAAAAUCAAAGCACAUUUCCCGCGUCGUCAAGGGAGGCCCACAGCCUUCUCAGAGCAGGGGGGGCAGCUUUUCCAAAUUCAGCCACAAACUUUGUUUACACGGGUGGGGAGAUGGAACAGGAGAAUGGGGGGGGUGGUUUAGGACCUGGGCCGCUGGAACCAAAGUAGGGACUUCCUGGCAUAGGGGUGUAACUCCCCCUGCUCUCCGAUGCGGAGUUAGGUAGGGUUAUUGCCCAGCCACUGCCGGUGGGAGGUGGGGGGAGGCGCUCAGCCUCUUCAUUGUCUAAACGAGGACGAAACGUGUGAAGUGCGAUUUCUGCUUUCGUGUACCCCACCCUGUUUUACCGAAGCUGCCUUUGUGUUUGUGUCAAUAAAAAGCCAAACCC